CCGCAGAGUUGGCGUUGACUUCGCUGAGACAGGAUCGCAUUCAUCGGAUGAUAGUCUGACCAGUCGCCUUCGUAUAUAUAAGGAUAGACAAGGGAGCUACUCCACGCCCAGACAUGAAGUUCUUGGUGUUGGUCGUGGCCUUCGGCUUUAUUUGCCUGGCGGUCUCCAGGGCUGACGAAGAGGCCGGUCACAAGCAGUGCGGCGUCAACGAGGAGUUCAAGGAGUGCCAGAGCAGUUGCGCCGAAUGGACCUGCGGGGAUUGGCGCGGCCACCUCAAACGCUGCAUGUCCGAUUGCCCGAGCGACUGCUACUGCCAUGACGAGCACUACCGGCAUCCGAACGGCACCUGCGUCCCGCGCGAACAGUGCCUUCCUUCGGCGGCGAAUCAGACGGAAGGAGCUCGUAUCGGCGAAGGCGUCGCGCCGGUGCUCAAGUUCCCUCCCGACCCCGAGGACUGCGGCCCCAACGAGGUGUGGAAGGAGUGCGUGAGCAGCACGUGCUCCGAGACGUCAUGCAAGAAGCGCAUCCUGGGCCCCGGCUGCACGUACGACUGCCGCUACGGGUGCUACUGCGCCGAAGGGUUCUAUCGCAACGCCGAGCAGAAGUGCGUCACGGUCGACCAGUGCGGGCCGGAGGAGCCAGAGCCGGUGGAGGAUCACCCUACGUGCGGCCCCAACGAGGAGUGGAAAGUGUGCGUGAGCAGCUCGUGCGCCGAGACCACGUGCGAGAAGAGGACCCUGGGCCCCGCCUGCACGGCCGACUGCAACCGCGGCUGCUACUGUUCCGAGGGCUUCCACCGAAACGCGGAGAACAAAUGCGUCACCGAGGACCUGUGCCCGCCGGUGUAGCCUGUGUCACCGCUUUGGCGCACGGCUUGAUCGGAGUUCUGCGCACGAAAACACCUUUGAAAGCAUCGUACCACUGUUUCAUCGGACAAGGAGACCUUGGAAAAAUGAACCAUGGCUAUAUGAUCAAUAAAUGCACAAAACGUGAA